AUGCCUAUAGAGCUUCCGAUCCUCACUAUUGCCGACGCGGCAGCGUGGUCAAACUGGCUAUUUCGUAGCGCCGGUACGUCUAAGGGCGUGUGGUUAACCCUAGCCAAGAAGGGUACUGCAGCCCCAACCUCGCUCACGUACGCCCAAGCACUUGAUGAAGCACUUUGCCACGGAUGGAUUGACGGACAGACUCGUAAAGGUGUUGGAGAGAAUGCGCUUACAUCGUACGCCCAGCGGUUCACGCCACGCGCGCCGCGUAGCAGCUGGUCGAAGCGAAAUGUCGAACAUGUAGCACGUCUUGAACGCGAGGGCCGAAUGACAGAUGCGGGACGACGCGUCGUCGAGGCUGCCAAAGCAGACGGCCGCUGGGAAUCCGCAUACGCGGGCCAAGCAACGGCAGAGCUGCCAGAAGAGUUCCUUGUCGCAGUUGCGGCCGUACCUGCAGCAAAAACCGCCUUUGAAGCAUUAUCACGGCAAAAUCGCUUCCUAAUGUACUAUCGCCUGAAAUCGCUGAAGACUCAAGCUGGGCGCGAGAAGAGGAUUUCCGCAUUUGUUGACAUGUUAGCCCGCGGCGAGGUGCCGUAUUCGCAGAAACAAUCUGUGCAGUCUUCGAGCCCAACAGUAUCAAACAGUAGUUCAACUAGAAGAGAGAAUAAACCAACUGUAUCUAACGUUCGCCAAGCAGUUCGAAGAUCUGCGCGCGUAUCUCAGCGCACAAGAACGCUUUCCUAA